CGAAAAUCGGAUCAAUAAUUUCUGACUAAAACCCACUAUUUUCUGGUCGGGUCUCCGAGCGUGUCGGGCUCAAGUUGAUCAACUCUAGUUCAAUCCAUUUACUAAACUGUUGCCAGACUUGCCUCUCCACCUCCGACGGUGAGCAAAAGCCAGAAUCCAGCUGCCGGCGGCAAGAUUUGAAUUAGGUGUAGAAAAAUGGGUGAUGAUGAUAUUGUGGCGUCGGUUCGCUCUGUGGUGUUCAAGGAGUCAGAAACCCUAGAAGGGAAAUGCAUUAAGAUUGAGGGUUAUGAUUUUAAUCAAGGAGUGAACUAUCCCCAGCUUUUUAAAUCGUUCAUCUCCACCGGUUUCCAAGCAUCGAAUCUCGGAGAAGCUAUUAUUGCUGUUAAUGAAAUGCUAGAUUGGAGGCUGGCAAAUGAGAUAGCAGCUGAAGAUUGCAGUGAGGAAGAGAGGGAUCCUGUUUUUAGGGAGUCUGUGAGGUGCAAAAUAUUCUUAGGUUUUACGUCGAAUCUUAUCUCCUCCGGUGUCCGUGACACUGUACGAUAUCUUGUUCAACAUCAUAUGGUCGAUGUUGUUGUAACUACUACUGGUGGUGUAGAAGAGGAUCUUAUAAAAUGUCUUGCACCUACAUUUAAAGGUGAUUUUUCCUUACCUGGAGCGCAAUUACGCUCGAAAGGAUUGAAUCGCAUUGGUAACUUAUUGGUCCCAAAUGACAACUACUGCAAAUUUGAGGAUUGGAUUGUUCCAAUUUUUGAUAAAAUGCUGGAAGAGCAAAAUACAGAGAAGAUAACAUGGACACCCUCAAAGUUGAUCGCUCGUUUGGGAAAAGAAAUAAAUGACAAGAGUUCAUACCUUUUUUGGGCCUACAAGAAUAAUAUUCCAGUAUUCUGCCCAGGUUUAACAGAUGGAUCACUUGGAGACAUGUUGUAUUUUCAUUCAAUACGGAAUCCCGGUUUAAUUGUUGACGUAGUUCAAGAUAUAAGAGCCAUGAAUGGUGAGGCUGUUCAUGCGAGUCCAAGGAAAACCGGCAUGAUAAUUCUUGGAGGAGGGUUACCCAAGCAUCACAUUUGCAAUGCAAAUAUGAUGCGAAAUGGGGCAGAUUACGCAGUUUUCAUCAAUACUGCACAGGAGUAUGACGGCAGUGAUUCUGGUGCUCGUCCUGAUGAGGCCGUCUCUUGGGGGAAAAUCCGAGGUUCUGCUAAAACCGUUAAGGUGCAUUGUGAUGCCACUAUUGCUUUCCCUCUAUUAGUUGCAGAAACCUUUGCUGCUAAAAGAGAGAGAGAAGCUAAUUCAAAAGCUGACAUAGGAGGAAGAUUUUGAUAUUCAGACCUCACUUGAAGCUACAUGGUGAUCUUGAGGCAAGCAAUCAACUAUGGUAGUGCUUCUGCUGUUUCGUUUAUCUUUCUUCGUUACACCUACUAAUCCUUCUAAAGCAGAACCGUUGAACUGCCAUAACCAGUAAGUCUGGUCUCUCGGCUUCUGUUGCGUAGUUAGUAAAACAUAAUUGUUGAGCACUUGAGUUACUCUUUCAGAUAUAUAUUCAAAAUCUCCAAAUUUUGAGAUACUCUUUCAGAUAAAUUCAAAA